GCACUCGCUGUCCUGGCACGGAGAUGACUUCCAGCAUAGUGCAGAGCCUGGCUCCAAGUGCUUUGCUGUGCGCUCGCUGGGCUGGGUGGAGAUCCCCGAGGAGGACCUGGCACCUGGCAAGAGCAGCAUCGCCGUCAACAACUGCAUCCAGCAGCUCUCCAACAGCAAGGGCCAGGGCUCUGCAGAGAACCGGGGUGAGGGUCAGGACCUGGUGAUGAUCCUGAAGAAGGACACCAUGAGCCUGGUGGACCCCCUUGACCACAGUCUCAUCCAUCGCCAGCCCAUCCUCAACAUCCGUGUCUGGGGUGUUGGCUGCAACAACGGCAG